GCCGCCGCCGGGGCCGCCCCUCCCUUUCUGCUCGCGGGCGGCCAUCAUGGUGUUCAAACGCUUCGUCGAGAUUGGCAGAGUUGCCUUCAUUUCCUUCGGGCCACAUGCUGGCAAGCUGGUGGCCAUUGUGGAUGUUAUUGACCAAAAUAGGGCACUAGUUGAUGGCCCCUGCAGUGGUGUCAGAAGGCAGGCUAUGCCCUUCAAGUGCAUGCAGCUGACUGACUUUGUUCUCAAGUUCCCACACAGUGCUCGUCAGAAGUGUGUGCGGCUUGCCUGGGAGAAGGAAAAUAUAAAUGAAAAAUGGGCAGCGACAAGAUGGGCAAAGAAGAUUGAAGCCCGAGAAAAGAAAGCCAAAAUGACUGACUUCGAUCGCUACAAGGUUAUGAAAGCAAAGAAAAUGAGAAACAGGAUCAUUAAGCACGAAAUGAAGAAGCUCCAGAAGAUGUCUUCUAAAAAAGGCAAGAAGCCAGAGAAGUCAGAGAAGGCGCCGAAGUCAGAGAAGGCGCCGAAGUCAGAGAAGGCGCCAAAGUCAGAGAAGGCGCCGAAGGCGCAGAAAUAAAAUGAAAUUCUAGUUAUGUAUGACUUCGCGUCCUUGUUCUGAUUCUUUAAAAUUAACAAAUGGUUAAACUUCUGAUUUAAAUUGUAAUCAUAAGUUCACUUUUGCUUCUGACCAAGAA